UAAAAUUGCAAGUACUCUAGCCUACGCACGUACCGGCUUUGUUGCUGCUGUUUCUUUUUGUAAGGCUUUGUGAAGUGAUUGCCUCUUGAUACAACAUCCAAAAUAUUAUCGAAACAUAAUUUAAAGAAAACAAUUAAGAAGCAAAACAAAUUAAUUCAGCGAGUUUUGUUGUUGUUCCCUGACUUUUUUGAAGGUUCAUUUAGAUAAUUUUGUUAAAAUGUCUGAAAAACUUGAUGUUAUUAUAUUCGGAGCUUCUGGAUUCACCGGCAAAUAUUGUGUCUUGGAGGCAGUUACUGUUUUGGAGAAUCUAAAAUGGGGUAUUGCUGGAAGGAAUCAGGAAAAAUUGGAAGCUGUUUUAAAAGAAAUGGGCAAAAAGGCUGAUAAGGAUUUAUCCAAAAUUCCAAUAAUUAUUGCUGAUGUUGGUGAUGAAAAAUCACUAUCGGAAAUGGCUUCUAAGGCAAAGAUUAUUAUAAAUUGCUGUGGUCCAUAUCGCUUCUACGGCGAACAAGUUGUUAAAGCCUGCGUUGAAGCUGGAACCCAUCAUGUAGACGUUAGCGGAGAACCCCAAUACAUGGAGACAAUGCAAUUGAAAUACAAUGACUUGGCCAAGGAAAAGGGUGUAUAUGUUGUUUCAGCAUGUGGUUUUGAUAGUAUUCCAUCUGAUUUGGGUGUGAUUUUCUUGGAGAAAAAUUUCGAAGGUACCAUCAAUUCAGUUGAAACUUACUUGGAAAGUCAUACUACAGGUGGUAGUUAUGGUGGUGCGUCAAUUCAUUAUGGAACAUGGGAGUCAGCAGUUUACGGUUUGGCCCAUGCUGGAGAACUUCGUGAUAUUCGAUCAAAACUCUACAAAUCACCACUGCCCAAAUUUCAACCAAAACUUAAGGCCCGAUCAGUUAUUCAUACAUCAGAUGUAAUUGAAGGUGUUUGCCUACCAUUCCCUGGAUCAGAUAAAUCCGUAAUCCAACGUUCACAAAGAUUCUUAUUCGAAACUGAAAAGAAAAGACCAAUCCAAAUUCAGACUUAUGUCGGUUUUCGCUCCAUGAUGGCUGCUUUGAUUGUAGCCUUUGUUGGCAUUGGUUUUGGAAUAAUGACCAAGUUUGCUCUUGGACGUCAAAUGCUUUUGAAUUAUCCCAAAAUUUUCUCAUUUGGUUUUGUUUCACAUGAAGGACCAAGUGAGGAAAAGUCAAAUGCUACUCGUUUUAAGAUCACAAUCAAGGGUAAUGGAUGGCCAAAGACAGAAAAGUUGGCUGAGCCAACUGAUCAAUUCACAGAGCCACCAACGAAGAAUUUGAUUGCAAAGGUAACCGGAUCAAAUCCAGGUUAUGGGGCAACUUGUGUUGCUUUGUUGGUUGCAGCAACAACAAUUCUAAAGGACAGUGAUAAGAUGCCUGGAAGUGGUGGAGUCUUAGCACCUGGAGCAGCUUUUGCCAAAACCAAUAUGAUUGCUGAUUUGGAGAAGUAUGAUCAUGGCAUUAAGUUCGAAAUUGUUGCAAACAAAUAAAAACAAAAUAUGCAGCUCAGCAAAACAUUCGUAUCACAUACAAAAAUGAAAUGAUUCCUUUUUUCUAUUUAUUAUCGUUAAUCGGCUUCAAGUUAAAAACUAUAGUCAUCUAAUUUUGUAAUGCUUAAUAUUAUAUAAUCUACUUAUUAAAACAAAUAUAUUUACUAAAACUU